AUGGGCGACGACGCACACGCAGAGCAACUCAAAGAGCAGGGGAAUGUUGCGUUUAAAGGCGGUGACUAUGAUCAGGCUGUGUCACUGUACACCACCGCCAUCCAAGCAAACCCAUCCAACAAAGCCUUCCUUACAAACAGAGCUGCUGCUCUAAUGGCUCAGAAGAAGUUCAGAUCGGCUAUCAAUGACAUUGAGGAGGCUACGUCAACCACCCCUUCUUCCUUGAAAAUCCAGCUCAGACUUGCACGCUGUUACCUCAGCUUGGGCCAGCCAGCAAAGGCAUUAGCCAUUCUCACCGACUACAAAUCCUCGAGUGACCCCUCCCUUGUAUCCUUCACCCAACAAUGCCAACGCACGCUCAACGCCAUCCACAAUUACGACAAAGAACGCGCUAACAACAACUGGUCUAUGGCUUCUAUGUCCCUGCGCCAGGCUGAGCGUGAGUCUGGCUGCAACGUCCUCGAUUCCCCUCUCGAAUGGAAGGCCGGUAAAGUUGAAUGUCUCAUCGGCAAAGGUGACCUCCUCGAAGCUGGUAGAAUUGCGUCCGACCUUCUCUCCAUGUCCCCCGCCUCCCCUGACCUCCUUUACCUCCGAGCACGCGUUCUCUUCCUCGACUCCAACUUUUCUAAAGCCAUCGCUCACUUGCAAGCUGCAAUGAGAUCUGAUCCUGACUUUUCUCCCGCUAAAUCACUCCUUAAACGUACACGCGUUGUUGAAAGGGGUAAGGAGAGUGGUAAUGAGGCUUUCAAACACGCACGUUAUACUGAAGCUAUACAACAAUACUCCACCGCCCUUGACGCCCUCAGCAGCGAUCAAGGCGAAAUCGGUGAAGGUAAAGUGAAGGCUGUUUUGUUAUCCAACCGCGCCACUGCUUACAGCAAAUUAUCCGAUAAAUCUGAUGAAGCGUUUACUGACGUCGAUCACGCUCUCAAACUACACCCAAACUACACUAAAGCUCUCAGAACACGCGCUCGUAUAAACCUCUCUCAAGAAAAGUUUGAAGAGUGCGUCUCCGACUUUAAAGCUGCUCUCGAUACCUGCACCAUGGAAGAAAAGCAGGGCUUGGAGAAGGAAGUCCGUAACGCUGAAAAGGAACUCAAAAAAUCUAAACGCGUCGAUCACUACAAAAUACUUCAAGUACAAAAGACUGCAACUGAUCCUGAAUUGAAAAAGGCAUUUAGAAAACAAUCCCUCAUUCACCAUCCAGAUAAAGGUGGUGACGAGGAAUAUUUCAAACAGAUCAACGAAUCUUACAGCGUACUCACAGAUUCACAACAAAGACACAUAUAUGACAAUGGUCUUGAUCUUGAUGAAGGCGUUGGUGGCAUGGGUGGUGGAUUUAGCAGUGGUGGAAUGGGUGCAGAUAUAAACUUGGCUGAUUUAUUCGCAUCUGGUGCGUUUGGUGGUGGAAUGGGUGGUGGUGGAAUGGGUGGCGGUUAUAGCUCUUUCGGUGGUGGUGGAACCAGAUUCACUUCUGCCGGUGGAUUCCCAUUCUAG